CUUAUUUGUCAGCGUUUCCCCCGUGAAAUCUCGGGAUUUCGUUGGAACCGAAGAUGUCGCAGCCAUCUGCGAGGUCCCUUCACAAGGACAUGAAGCAAAGGUCCAAGGCCGCUCAAGAUGCGCGGCAGGAGUUCUACGACAUGGUGCACUUUUCGGAUGUGUUCCUUCUAUCCAUCAUGUUUGGAUUCUCCGUGAUUGGCAACAUGUACCCUCCGCAAACGAGAAGUCAGCUGCUGAUUGGCCUGUCCCUGUACCUUGGUGCUUUCUUCAUCUACUUGUACAUCAAGGCUGGUGAGCCCCCAAAGAAGAGGCGAAAGGGCAAAAAAUCGACCAAGGAGGAGGAUGAGGCUGAAAAGAAAGAUGAGAAGAAACCCAAAGAGGAGAAAGAACUGAAAGAAGCAAAGGAGGAAAAGUGAACUGAACGUGAUGCGACAACCUGAAUUUCUUGAGUUUCGUCUUGCCGCGCGAGACGUUGAAACCCUUCAGCAGCGGGAUGUGACACGAAACCACUCGCCUACUGGGUUCACCUCUGUUGAUGCGAAACCGCAACGGGAUCCCUGUCGGCGUGGCGCCUGUCUCACCAUUUCAGCUCGACGGUCGAAGGACCAGAUUGCGCUGAAAAA